GUCUGCAGAAAAAAAAUAAAUGAAGUCUGCCUAUCUCGAGCCAGAGCCCCUCCCCUCGGCCCGCGCCGGAGGAGCGUGACACAGGUGCCGCUUCCUCCCCGCGGCUGAGGGUCAGCAGCAGGCCGGCGCGACCCUCGCCCCCGCUCCGCUGCCCCCUCGGCCCCCGGUCCGGCCGGCGCCCCACACCCGUCGGCGAUGAACAGCGUCAAUGGCACGUCGCGGCCCCGCCUCGAACUGGACCCUGGCCCAUUUUUCCUCUCGUUGGGGGCGAACAUCGCCAUCAUUGCAGGUGUGAUCGCCGCUAUAGCCGUCGUCCUGAUCUGCCUCCUCAUCGUCAUGCUACGCUACAUGUACCGACACAAGGGCACAUACCACACCAAUGAGGCCAAGGGUACAGAGUUUGCUGAAAGCGCGGACGCAGCCCUGCAGGAUGACCCCUCACUCCAGGACACAGGUGACAACAGCAGAAAGGAGUACUUUAUCUGAGGGGCACCAGGCCUCACCUCCCCCAAUGCCUCCUUCAACUCCAUAAGAGAAGAUGCAUCCCACACCCCCACCCUGCUAUCUGCACCACCAGGCAGACCAUGAGAGCACCCACCUCAUCCCAAAAUACGCACCUGGCCUGGAAACAAUAGGUGCCAGCCUGGGGAGAGAGAGGGAAGAAGGAGGAACUGAGCCACGAGAGGCCUGUCCCAGGCACCAGGGGAUGCAGUGGCCACCCAGCAGGCCCGCCUUUGAUCUGCCAGAGGAAGAAAGUCUGAGUUCUCCUGGACAGUGCAGUUUGUCAUCAGCAUGGUGUGAAAGUCCUUGCUGGGUGGGUGGGCCUGAGGCCUGGGGAAGCAAGGAAGUGAGUCCUCUGUAAGCUGACUGGGGAUAAUGGCAUCAAAUGUCAGUCCUUGACAUUUGGGGGGAACAGAAGGUGCCAGAGCUAAAAGGCACCUUUGUCUCCCAUUGAUCCAGCUCUAAAUGAUUGGAAAUAAAUUUGAAAUGUAACCAAGCA